AUGGUCCUGAUCCGUCAUCGUCGUAGAAACAUGGACUUCACAUUCGGUGGCAAGUAUCGCCUGGAGGAGGAGCUCGCAGUCGGAGGCUGCGGUACUGUAUUCUACGGUGUACAUACGGUGGCGGGCAAGGAAGUCGCCAUCAAGGUCGAGCCAGCCGUGGCGAAACACAGCCCGCUCCUGCACGAGUCGAAGAUCUACAAGUCGCUCAUGGGUGGACCUGGCGUCCCCUGGAUUAUCUGGUCCGGCAAGCAGGGCGACUACAACAUCAUGGUCAUCGACCUCCUCGGCCCGUCGCUCGAGGACCUUUUCAAGAUGUGCAAUCGCCACUUUUCUCUCAAGACUGUUUUAUUGCUAGCAGACCAACUCGUGCGUCUCUUUUCCUCUACUGCGAAAGCGUCGGCGGUGCAGUCUCCGCACGGGAGCCACCCCGGCGCCUAUCACGGACAUCAAUACUCAUUGUGGUUUCUACCCCAGAUUUCGCGUAUCGAAUUCAUUCACGAACGUGGCCUCGUUCACCGCGACAUCAAGCCCGCCAACUUUGUUAUGGGCACCGGUCACGCCGCGCACCUCGUCAAUGUCAUCGACUUUGGCCUGGCGAAGAAGUUCCGGGACAUGCGCACGAACAUGCACAUACCCUACCAGCAGGACGGCCAACACGGUGUCGGCACCUCACUGUUCGCGUCCCUAAACACGCAUCUGGGGAUAGAAUGCUCGCCACGCGACGACCUCGAGUCGCUCUCGUACAUGCUUAUUUAUUUCUUGCGCGGCUCGCUUCCAUGGAGGAAACUCCGCGCGACGACGGUCAGCGGGACAUGGGACCUCAUCCGCGACGCGAAGAUCGCAGCCGAGGGCACGCUCACGAACAACCUCCCGCGGGAAUUCGCGCUCUUCCACGAAUACGCGCGUGGGCUCGAAUUCGGCGACGUGCCGGACUACGCAGGCAUGCGUGCGCUCUUCCGCGGACUCGGCAAGCGCGCUGGUGUGCGGUACCCCGACAUGGACGACCCGACGGGUAUCGCGCAUUGGCGCGGGUUCGACUGGAUGGCCGGGCGCUCGCACGAACGAGGUCAACAAAUUAAGCUAUAG